AUACUUCUUGAUAAUCUUUGGAAUAGAUUGUAUGUUUUUCAAAAUAUAUAACAAGUAUUUAGUUCUUUCCAAAGAAUUAUUAAUACGCGAAGAUUAUAUAAAGUACUAUAUAGAUCAUAGUUAGAAAGGUAGUAUAAAUUUAAAUAUGGCGGUAAUCCUAUCAGCUGAUACCGUCUGCUGGAAUGACGGAUUGCAAUUUGGUUAACUGGUCUGUUUAGACCAGUCAUUUUGGUGCAAGUAUUCUAUUUAGUGAUGAUUAUUUUUAUAUGAUUCACACGUGUACAAAGAUAUUGAAUUAUUGGUUUCCCAUGACGUAAAAAUAAAUAGAAUUAUAUCCAAUGUUGACAGAAUUUAAAGGGAACAGAUUUUGUAACCUGCGUCACUGACAGGUGGUGGUGCAGGAAUGCAGUUAAACACAUAAAAUUUGUUUUUUUUUUCAAUUAUAUCAUUAUCGAAUUAGUAUUUGAAUAAAUUUCCAAUCCCAAGAAGAUCCGGCUGUGAUGAGUGACUCCGAACAGCGGCAACUGCACGUGCCUUAUCGAGAAUAUCACAGUCAGAACAAUACCAAUCCUCCUGCUUUGAUUGAAACUGACGCAUUAGUAGAUCUGUCAGUAACAUCAAAUAGUUGUGUCUCACGAAAUUUGUCUACAGAACUACUCCCAGACGUAGAAUUUGUUCCAAACAUAAGUAGCGAUCAAACUAUAGCCAUUGAUUCAACUGGGAUAGACCGGGAGAGCCAGCCUCUCCUUGGUCGAUUGGAACUUGAUGUUACCUUUAAUCGAUUCCCUGAUGAUCCACAAUUUUCAGAACUAGUAUGGCAAGCAGAAUGUGCAAUAGACAAUGGAAUCUUUCCUGAAAGAAUAUAUCAAGGUUCAAGUGGAAGUUAUUUUGUAAAGAAUUCGGCAGGGAAGGUGAUAGGUGUUUUUAAACCGAAGGAUGAAGAACCUUAUGGAAGAUUAAAUCCAAAAUGGACAAAAUGGAUGCACAAACUUUGUUGUCCGUGUUGUUUUGGAAGGAGUUGUUUGAUACCAAAUCAAGGAUAUUUAAGCGAGGCUGGAGCCAGUUUAGUUGACCGCAAAUUAGGCCUUGGCAUUGUGCCGAAUACUAGAGUAGUUAAACUUGUCAGUAAAACUUUUAACUAUCCACGUUUAGAUCGUCAAAAAGCACGUAUGAAACAAGCCAUCAUGGAUCAGUUUCCUACAGUUGGCUCGCAUUUCAAUCGUAUUAGUUUACCUCCUAAAGUUGGAUCCUUCCAAGUAUUUGUAGAUGCUUAUAAAGAUGCAGAUUAUUGGCUAAGAAGAUGGGAACAUGAACCUUUAUCGCCACGCUUGAGUCUUAAAUUUCAGCAUCAAUUUGAACGUUUGGUUAUUCUAGAUUAUAUUAUCAGAAAUACAGAUAGAGGUAACGAUAAUUGGCUUAUUAAGUAUGAUAAUGGCGCAGAAAAAAAUGGAUCAGAACGUGGAGAAGUUAAAAUAGCAGCGAUAGAUAAUGGUCUGGCAUUUCCAUUCAAACACCCUGAUUCUUGGCGUGCUUAUCCUUAUCAUUGGGCAUGGUUAAGUCAAGCAAAACAACCAUUCAGCGAAGAUACGCGUGCAUUAGUUUUGCCACAGCUUUCUGAUCAAAAUUUUGUACAAGAUCUUUGCGAUGAUUUGUACCAAUUAUUCAAACAAGAUAAAGGAUUCGACAGACAUCACUUUGACAGGCAAAUGAGCGUAAUGCGAGGACAGAUUUUAAAUUUACAACAGGCAUUGAAAGAUGCAAAAAGUCCAGUGCAGUUAGUUCAAAUGCCUGCUGUUAUAGUUGAAAAAGCCAAGGGAAAUGGCACACGAAGUUUGUUCUUAUUUUCUGAUACAUUCACACAGCGCUUCCAAAAUAAGAGUCCCUUUUUCUCUUGGUGUUAAGCAUUUUUGAAAAGUGCUUAAUUCAGUGUUAAUAGCAGUACCAGCUAAGAAAAGGAACUCUAUGGUGCACUGUAAAGCUUGGAUUACUUCUUUAUUUAGAUAUUCAUCUUUUGUCAUCAUAAGAAUUUGAUUUUCGAUAUAAUUUUAAAAUUAAUUGAUUAAUGCUUAUGUUUAAUCUAUCUUCUAUUUAUAAUCUCUCUCAUUUUAAUUAAGGCAUAACUAGCAUUCGUAUAAAAAUAUUAUAAACAGUAAAUAUAUCAUAUUAAAACCAAUUUUUUUUUUUUAAAUAGACAUAAUACGAAAUAAAACAGAGUCAUAAUGAGUACAAUUGGAUGAUAGGAUGUAUCGGUUAUAAUAUAUAUUUAUAACAAAAAUGAACAUACAUUUCUACAAUUUAGAGAGAAACUGCUCAUACAUGAAUAUAUAAACAUGCAUUAUUGGCAAAUACAUGUUAUAUAGUAUAACUUGUGCCAAUCACUUAAUGCAAAGUGCACUGAUACAUGUGUGUCAUGUGCCUUUGUGUGCAUAUAUUUAAUAAUAUCGCGAGAGUAAAAUAUUUUACUGUGAUGGAAGAAAGAAAUCAUCACAGUGAUAAAUAUGAAGAACAAACAUUUUUAAAUGUAAUUAAAAUAGAAAACUAUAUUGUUAUCACGCCUAUAUAUAUUUUUCUGGGAUAUUAUUAUCUGUAAAAAUCGA